AUGGCUCCUCCAGUCUGGACUCUGGUGCUGCUGGUGGGGGCUGCCUGGGGCCGGGGCCACAUGCCUGCCCCUGUCUGCAACCCGGGCAACCCCCAACCCCCAGUUUGGCCCUCUCCCCCAUCCUGGCUUCAGAGCAGCCCUUUCUUCCCAGCUAUUUUCACCCAGUGUGACUUUGAGGAUGACGCCAAACCCCUCUGUGAUUGGACCCAAGUGUCCACAGAUGACGGGGACUGGAUUCGAACCAGUGGGCCUUCCCCCACCGGCAGCACCGGUCCCCCUGGGGGGUACCCUAAUGGAGAGGGCUACUACCUGCACAUGAACUCAAGCACCUUCCACCGGGGCGGGGUGGCCCGCCUACGCAGCCCCCCCAUAUGGGAGCAAGGCCCCCUCUGCGUGCACUUCGCCUACCACAUGUUUGGGCUGUCGUGGGGCGCCCAGCUCAGACUGCUACUGCUCAGGGAUACCAAGAAAAAGCACCCCAGCCUGCUCUGGAAGCAUAUUAACACCCAGAGCCCCUCCUGGAUGCCCACUGCUGUCACCGUGCCUAUGGGGCUUGUCCUGCCCAGGCAGGUGGUGUUUGAAGGAGUGAGGGGCAGCACGGCUUACCUGGACAUCUCUCUGGAUGCCAUCUCUAUCCAUCGGGGCUCCUGCAAUCGCAUCUGCAUGAUGCAGACGUGCAGCUUCGACGUUCCAAAUGAUCUCUGUGGCUGGAGCUGGAUCCCAACAGCCUCUGGGGCCAAGUGGGUCCAGAAGAAGGGGUCAUCCGGGGUGCCGAACGUGGGGCCUGAGGAUGAUUUCUCUAGCCCUGCUCGCCUUUCCAGGCCGGGUGCGAGCUUGCUCACCCAGCAGGAGCGCGUGGGAAUCAGGGACCAGCACGCCUGCGCAGCCUUAUUCUCCUCCCCCGGCUACCAGUUGCGUCACGGAGCGAGGUCCAAGCUGAUUGGCUGCCUGAGCGGCUGGGGCCCUAUCGCUGUGCCAGACUCCCUCAAUUUCAGCCACCCCACCUUACUGGCCUUUUACUUGGUAGGUGGCUUCUACAUGCUCCUGGACCCCAAGAAUGCAAAACCAGGGCAGAAAUCUGUCCUCCUGAGCCCCCUGAGCCAUUCCUCUGGCUGUCUGAGCCUGUCCUUCCACUACAUCCUCCAUGGACAGUCACCUGGUGCAGCCCUCACCGUCUACGCUUCCGUCUUGGGCAGCAUCCGGAAACACACUCUCUUCUCAGGACAACCCGGACCCACCUGGCAGCCUGUUUCUGUCAAUUACACAGGCCAGGGACAGAUUCAGUUCACCUUGGUGGGUGUGUUUGGAGAGACGCCAGAGCCAGCUGUGGCAGUGGAUGCAAUCAGCACUGCUCCCUGUGGGGAGAGCUUUCCUCAGUGUGACUUUGAAGAUGAUGCCCAUCCCUUCUGUGACUGGGCCCAGGCAUUAGGGGAUGGCGGACACUGGACCCGGGGAAAUAAAAGCAUGCAUAUCCAGGGUGCAGGCGCUUUUGAAGGUCGCUAUGUUUACAUCGAGGCCGACAAGUUCUCUGAGGCGGGCCAGUCUUUCAGACUGGUGAGCCGGCCCUUCUGUGCCCCGGGUGCGAUCUGUGUGGAGUUUCCCUACCACAUGUAUGGCCUCGGAGAGGGUACUAAGCUCAAUCUCCUGCUGGAGAGUCCUGCGGGCAGUGCCCCAUCUACUCUCUGGCACCGCGUUGGGUCUCAGAGUCCCGACUGGCUGAACACCUCUGUCACCAUCCCUUUGGGGCAUCAACAGCCCAUGCAGCUGAUCCUGGAGGCCAUCAGGGGUACCAACACUGCCUUUGUCGUUGCUGUGGGUUUUAUCUUGAUCAAUCACGGGACUUGUCGAGUUUCCCUCCCUGGCCCUUCUGAAACCCCUGUCUCCACAGGAAAACCUAUGACUCCCACAGAAAAACCUAUGGCCCCCACAGGAAAACCCAUGGCUCCCACAGAAAAACACACUGUCCCCAGUGAAAUAGCCACUGUCCCCACAAAAAGACCCAUGGUUCCCACUCAAAAGCCCACCAUCCCCACAGAAAAGCCCAAAGUUCCCACAGAAAAGCCCACUAUUCCCACUGAAAAACCCACUUUCCACACUGAAAAGACCACUGUCCCCUCUGAAGAGAACACCGUGCCUCCUGAAGAGACCACUGUCCCCCCUGAAGAGACCACUCUCCCUCCCGAAGAGCCCACUUCCACUGUCCCCUUUGAAGAGCCCACUAUCUCCACAGAAAAGCCCACUGUCCACACUGGAAGGACCACCAUCGACACUGAAAGGACCAACAUUGACACUGAAAGGCCCACCAUCCCCACAGAAAAACCCACCAUGCCCACUGAAAGGACCACCAUCUCCACAGAAAAGCCUACUAUCCCUGCAGAAAAACCCACAGUCCACACUGAGAGAACCAUCAUCCCCAUAGAAAAACCCACCAUCCCCACAGAAAAGUCCACCAUCCCCACAGAAAAACCCACCAUCCCUACAGAAAAACCCACCGUCCCAACAGCAAAACCCACGAUCCCCACUGAAAGGCUGACUGUCCCCACAGGAAAACCCACCAUCCCCACUGAAAGGCCUACCAUCCCCACUGAAAAGACCACCAUCUCCACAAAAAAACCCGCUGUCCCCACUAAAAGGCCCACCAUCCCCACAGAAAAGCCCACUGUCCCUACAGAAAAAACUACCAUCCUCGCAGAAAGACCCACCAUCCCCACUGAAAAAACCACCAUGCCCACAGAAAAACCCACUGUCCUCACUAAAAGGCCUACCAUCCCCACAGAAAAACCCACUGUCCCUACUGAAAAGACCACCAUCCCCACAGAAAAACCUACCAUCCCCACUGAAAAACCCACCAUCCCCACAGAAAAACCCACUGUCCCCACAGAAAAACCCACCGUCCCCACUGAAAAGACCACCAUCCCCACAGAAAAACUCACCAUCCCCACAGAAAAAUCUACUGUCCCCACUGAAAGGCACACAGCUCCUACGACACGCCAGCCCAGCCCAACACUUGUACCAAUUGGGCCAACAGUCUUGGUGAUGCCUCCUACAACUACUACAAGUACUUCCAUGACCACUACAACCCCUGGACGUACUCCGGCAAGGUGCCCCCCAAAUGCCCACUUUGAGCCCUGCGCCUGCCCAGCAUCCUGCGAGAGACCCAAGCCCAACUGUGGGCCCCUCUGCAAACCCGGCUGUGUCUGCAAUUCUGGCUUUUUGUUUCAUGAGUCCCGCUGCAUCCAUCCCUCUUCCUGCAAUUGCUUCUACAACAACAAUUACUAUAAGCCUGGGGCGGAGUGGUUCAGCUCCAACUGCACAGAACGUUGCCGCUGCAAGCCUGGCAGUCAGAUGGAGUGUCAGAUCUUCCAGUGCAGGACUCACACGGUGUGCCAGCUGAAGAACGGCCAGUAUGGAUGCCAGCCCUACGGCAGUGCCACCUGCGUCGUCUAUGGAGACCCUCAUCAAAUCACCUUUGAUGGGAGGCACUUCAACUUCAUGGGCAAAUGCACCUACAUCUUGGCCCAACCCUGUGGCAACUCGACAGAGCCAUUCUUCAGGGUGGCGGCGAAGAAUGAGGGCCGAGGACAGGAAAGCAUGUCCAGCCUGAGCAAAAUCUACGUGACGCUACCCAAGGUCACCAUCACGCUGCUCGGGGGCAGGCGCGUGCUGGUUGGGGGUCAGCAAGUCACCCUCCCCGCCAUACCUUCGAAAGGCAUUUUCCUGGCUUCAAGUGGGCGAUUUGUGGAGCUGCAGACGGUGUUUGGUUUGCGGGUGAGAUGGGAUGGUGACCAGCAGCUGUAUAUGAGUGUGCCCAGCACCUACUCUAGAAAACUCUGUGGCUUCUGUGGCAACUACGACGGGGACGACAGCAACGACAACCAGAAGCCGGACGGCAGCCCGGCGCAGGACGUGGAGGAGCUGGGCAAAAGUUGGCAGACAGCGGAGGACGAGGACAAGGAGUGCCAGAAGAACCCCGCAAAUCCUCCGUCUUGUAACCGGGGCUUUCUGAACAGUCUGUCGGCCCUACAGUUCUGUGGGCGGCUCGUGAACACCCAUGGAGCCUUCGAGGCAUGUCUGCCUCACCUCAAGGCCUCUCUGUUCCUCAAGAACUGCGUGUUUGACGUGUGUAAAUUCCAGCGUCUGCAGUCAGUGCUGUGUGCUCACAUGGCAGCCUUGACCGAGAUCUGCCAGGAUGCCGGCUAUGCGGUGAAGCCCUGGAGGGGACCCCAGUUCUGCCCUCUGACCUGCCCGCCCAACAGCAGGUACACUCUGUGCGCCGGGCUCUGCCCAGCCACCUGCCAUCCCGGCUUCUCUGGGAUGUCCUGCCAGAACCGAUGCGUGGAGGGCUGUGAGUGCAACCCGGGCUUCGUGCUCAGCGGUCUCCAGUGUGUCCCCCGGUCCCAGUGCGGGUGCUUCGACCCCACGGUAGGCUACUUCAAGGUAGGGGAGCAGUGGUUCAAGCCAGGCUGCAGACAGCUCUGUGUCUGCGAGGGCAAUGGUAAAGUUCACUGCAUGCAGUGGAGGUGCCAGGCCCAGGAGGUCUGUCGUCAGCAGGAUGGCACCUAUGGGUGCCAUGCCCAAGGGGCCGCCACUUGCAGUGUCUCAGGGGACCCCCACUACCUGACGUUCGAUGGAGCCCUGCACCACUUCAUGGGCACCUGCACCUACAUCCUGACCCGACCUUGCCAGUCUAGGUCCCUAGAGAACUACUUCAUCGUGAGCACCACCAAUGAGUUUCGCGGCGGGAACUUGGAGGCCUCUUACGUCAGAGCUGUCAACGUGCAGGUCUUCAACCUGAGAAUCUCACUGAUCAAAGGGCACAAGGUCAUGCUGAAUGGCCGCCGGGUGGCCCUGCCUUUGUGGCCUGCACAAGGCCGGGUGAGCAUAAGGCCCAGUGGCUCCUUUACCCUCCUCUACACGGACUUCGGGCUUCAAGUUCGCUAUGAUGGGAACCACCUGGUCGAAGUGACAGUGCCGUCUUCCUACGCCGGCAGGCUCUGCGGGUUGUGUGGCAACUACAACAACAAUAGCCUGGAUGAUAGUCUGCUCCCCAGCAAAAGGCCUGCGGCCAGCUCUGUCCACCUGGGGGCCGCCUGGAAGUUACCGGAGUACUCUGAACCGGGCUGCUUCGUUGAGGGUGGCAAGCCCUCCAGAUGCCUGGAGAACAAAGAGGCAAACAACUGGGAAAAGAAUUGUGACAUCUUAAUGAACCCUCGGGGACCCUUCUCCCAGUGCCAUGGGGUGGUGCCCCCCCAGUCCAGCUUCGCCAGCUGUGUGUAUGGCCAAUGUGGGACCACGGGUGACUCCCUGACCCUGUGCCGCUCCCUGCAGGCCUAUGCAUCCUUGUGCGCGCACGCCGGCCAGGCCCUCACCUGGCGAAAUAGCAGCUUCUGCCCUCUGAAGUGCCCCCCCGGCAGCAGCUACAGCCCCUGUGCCAACCCCUGCCCGCUCACCUGCCUCAGCCUGAACACCCCAAAAGACUGCCCAGCAGGGCUGCCCUGCACGGAAGGCUGUGAGUGCCAGAAAGGCCACAUCCUGAGCGGAACCUCCUGUGUGCCCUUCAUCCAGUGUGGCUGUACCCACCAGGACGGUUCCUACCACCCGGUCGGGGAGAGCUGGUACACAGACAACACGUGUUCCAGGCUCUGCACCUGUUCCGCGAGCGGCAACAUCUCCUGCCGCCAGAGCACCUGCAAGCCGGGCCGGCUGUGCUGGCCCCUGGACGGCCUGCUGCGCUGCCGCCAAGCGGGCAUGGGAGUAUGCCGUACCUCGGACCGCUCCCCAUACGUGACGUUCGAUGGCACUCGCCAUACCAUCCGGGACACCUGCACUUAUGUUCUGGUGAAAGUGUGCCACUCCACCAUGGACCUGCCUUUCUUCAAGAUCAGUGGCAAGCACGGGAAGCCGAGAGGCCGCUCCCCUGCUUUCUACCUCCGCCGGGUCAAUAUCGACAUCUCGGACACCCGGGUCACCUUGGGAAAGGACCACCACGUGCUGAUCAACGGCACACAGGUCACUCUUCCCUCGACUACCCAGAUCCGGGGGGUCAGAAUCAUAGCCAGCGGCAUCUACACCGUACUCAAUGUUAACAUCGGGCUGCAGGUCAAGUUUGACGGCAAGGGCUUCUUAGAGGUCCAGCUCCCUACAGCCUAUUACCAAAAGGUCUGUGGCUUGUGUGGGAACUUCAAUGAUGAGGAAGAGGAUGAGCUCAUGAUGCCCAGUGAUGAACUAGCCCAGAAUGACACUGAAUUGGUGGACAGUUGGCAAGAUAGGGUGAAUGACCCAAAAUGCCUACCAGAUGACCAGAAGGUCCAAACAGAAACGCAGGAGAAGUCGAAUAAAAACUGCAGGAAGGCUGACCUAGCCAGAGCCCAGGAACGGUGCCAGACGGCCUUUCAGGCUCCAGCCUGGGCUAAGUGUGCCAGCCACAUGGUCCUCAGGCCCUUCCUGCUCAGCUGUACCAACAACCUCUGUCAGUUUGGAGGCCUGAACCGUGCCCUCUGUGAAUCUUUGGAAAGCUUCGGGGCCGCCUGCCGGGCCCAGGGGCUCAAGCCCCCGAUCUGGAGAAACAGCAGCUUCUGCCCUCUGGAAUGUCCUGCCCACAGCAGCUACUCAGCCUGCCUUCCCUCCUGCCCACCUUCCUGCUUGGACCUGACGGGCCAGUGCAGUGGCCCCAAAGUCCCCUCCAUCUGCAAGGAGGGCUGCCUUUGUCGGCCCGGCUACAUGCUCAGCGGGCAACGGUGUGUGCCCAGGACUCAGUGUGGUUGCACGGACGACUACGGCAGCUCCUUCCCCGACGGUAAGACCUGGAUCUCCAUUCGCUGCAGGAGGAGCUGUGCCUGCACCGCAGGAACCGUUCACUGCCAGCCCUUCAGGUGCCCCCCUGGCUCCCAUUGCGAGCCCCAGCCCGAGGGCACUGGCAGCUGCGAAAUUAACAAGUCCGAACAAUGCUCCAUUUACGGGGACCCCCAUUACCGUACAUUUGAUGGCCUCAGCUACCUCUUCCGGGGCCGCAUGACCUACACUCUGAUAAAGACCAUUGGUGUGCUCCCGGCUGGGGUGGUGCCUCUGGUCGUGGAGGGGCGCAACAAAGUGUAUUCGUCCUGGAGCCCCAUCUACCUGCACGAGAUCAUCGUGAUCAUCUACGGCUACACAGUCCAGCUCAAGGCUCAUCUGGAGCUGGUGGUCAACAACCAGAAGAUGGACAUCCCCUACAAGCCCAGUGACCGUCUGCAGGUUGCCCUGCGGGGCCAUCGCCUGUAUCUGAUCACUGACUUCGAGAUGGUUGUCACCUUCGAUGGAGGCAAAAACGCAGUGAUCACGCUGCCCAACCAGUAUAAGGGGCUCGUGCGCGGCCUGUGCGGGAAUUUUGACGGGAACAAGAGGAAUGACUUUAUGCUGCCCAACGGCACCGUCACCCAGAACCUCGUGGGCUUCGGCAACAGCUGGGAGGUACAGAGGAUCAAGGCAGGUGACCUCGCCCGCUUCUCAAGGGCCAUACAAGAGGAGGAGGAGGAGGAAGAGGAGGAAGAGGAGGAGGAGGAGGAGUCAGGCUUCCUUGUGUCGGAAUGCAGCCCAGAGCAGCUGGAGCUCAUCCACAGCACCCCGGCGUGCGGGGUGCUGGUGGACCCCCAGGGCCCCUUUGCCGCCUGUCACCAGACCGUGGCCCCGGAGCCCUUCCAGGAGCACUGUGUGCUGGAUCUGUGCGCCGCCCGCAGCCCCAGAGCGCGAGAGGAGUUGCGCUGCCAGGUCCUCAGCGGGUACGCCAUCAUCUGCCAGGAGGCGGGCGCCACCCUGACCAGCUGGCGGGACCGCACCCGCUGUGCCUUGGCGUGUCCGGCCAACACCGUCUACCAGAGCUGUAUGACACCCUGCCCGGCCUCCUGUGCCCACCCGACGGCCCCUAGGGACUGCGAGGGCCCCUGCGUGGAGGGCUGUGCCAGCCUCCCGGGCUACGUCUACAGUGGGGCCCGGAGCCUCCCCCUGGCCCACUGUGGCUGCACCCACCACGGCGUCUACUACCAGCGGGGUGACAGCUUUGUGACAGAGGACUGCUCCCAGCGCUGCAUCUGUGCCCGCUCAGGGGUGCUGGUGUGUGAGCCCCUCAGCUGCCGUGCUGGGGAGAUCUGCACCCUGGGGAACCUCACUCGUGGCUGCUUCCGAGAAAGCCCAUGUCUACAGAACCCCUGUCAGAAUGAUGGGCGGUGCCGGGAGCAGGGAACCCACUUCACCUGUGAGUGCGAACUUGGUUAUGGGGGACAGCUCUGCACGGAGCCUCGCGAUGUGCCCCCCCCUGGAAAGCCCGAAGCAUCCAACUUUGUGGCUGUCCUGUUGGGGAUGCUUGUGCUUGUGCUGGUCCUAGUGCCCACUGUGACCAGAGAAUGUGUUUCCAGGAAGAGGAAGAGGAGGAGGAGGAGGAGGGAGAAAACGCAGAGCCAGAACAGAGACAGGCUGGCAGACGCUGAUUUUCUUCCAGAGCAUGCCCUUCAAGUCCCUCAGUUUUGAGUUGUCCUCAAAAAAGGAGA